CUGCCUGGCAACCAGCGACCAAUAGGAUUCCUGGUGUGUGAGCGCGGAUAAACGGAUUUGUUGUGUUUGCUGGAAGCUGUAGCCACAUAGCAUUCAGAAUAACAUUUGGUUUAAAGGUUUUAUAAAUUCACCUGGAAUGAGUUUAUCUCUAAGAACUGAUCUUGCAGCUGAGACAACCAAGCGCAAGAAGAGGAGGGAGCUCACCGAGGACCAAAAGCAUGAAAUUAAAGAAGCUUUUGACUUAUUUGACACGGAUAAAGAUAAGGAGAUUGACUAUCACGAGCUGAAGGUGGCGAUGCGCGCUCUCGGUUUUGAAGUGAAGAAAGUGGAUGUUCUGAAGAUUCUGAAGGAUUACGACAGAGAGGGAAGUGGGAAAAUCACCUUUGAGGAUUUCAGCGAAGUGGUUACGGAUCGCAUCUUGGAGCGAGAUCCCAAAGAGGAGAUCAUGAAGGCUUUCAAGCUGUUUGACGAUGACGAGUCAGGAAAGAUCAGCCUGAGGAACCUGAGACGGGUUGCUCGAGAACUCGGGGAGAACAUCAGCGACGAGGAGCUACGCAGCAUGAUCGACGAGUUUGACACAGACGGGGAUGGAGAAAUAAAUCAGGAGGAGUUCCUCUCCAUCAUGACCAGAGACCCAUGAAGAGGUUUCCCCAUCUGUAAGUUGGACUCUUUGCCCAUAUUGGGAGGAGAUAUGGGCCUUGUUCUCUUGCUUCUGAGGUGGACUGGACUUUAUCAGGAGCCUGGAGCUUUGUUCUAACUUGGUUUGAUAAAUAAAAGCACCAGAUCGUGUCUGGACCAACAUCUGCUCACACUGCUCAGUUCCUCUCGUAGACAUGAAGUGUCAAUAUGAUGCUGACCUGCUGCCAUUUCUUUAAGAAGCGAGCAUUUAUUCAUGGAGUGUGUUUGUGUAGAAGACGAGUCUGAAGCUCCGUUAGGAACGUGUUAAUGUGAUGUAGUAAAACACAGAAGAUCAGAUCUGUUUCACACGUAUCCUAUUUGACCUGUUGCAGUUAUUAGUUAAAUGUGGCAUAUUUAUUUUUAAAUUGUUUUGCCAACCCUACUCAUUUGUCAUUUCCCAAAGAGCCAGAGUCGUCAGACCCGGCACCAUCAUACUUUAAUAAAGUACUUUCAAAGUUCA